UGUGUUGGUUCUUAAACAUUUUUUGAACGAGUUUCCCAAGAUAUUUCCCGUUUUUUGAUCAAGAUCAGUGAACUUUCGUUCGAAAAUAUGGAGCUGAAUAACGUGCCCGAUGAGGUUUUAUACCAAAUUUUCGACUACUUGGAUGUCUACGAGCUUAAGCCAGCGUCCCUCGUGUGCCGGCGGUGGGCGGAACUUACUUUUUCGGGACGAAGGAUGAAGCGUGUGUGCUUGGAGCAUCGUAUUUCCGAUUUUGAUUUUUUUUCCAACACAAAAAGAAACUACCUCAACAUUAAAGUUAAUGCGCUUUACUCCCAAGUUGAUCAGUUUGAAAGCUUAGUACGGUUACUGCGCACGCUUAAGUCUAAUAUCCGGAUGUUGGAUUUAAAAUGUGAUGUAACUUCCGAGCAAUUACGAUUGCUUCUGCUGGAAGCUCCUAAACUGGAGUAUUUGAAGAUUAAGAGCAAUUGCAAAACGAAUGGACCGUUCACGGUUUUACCGGAUGAUCACUUUAACAUUAUCUGUAGGAGCAUGCCAAGUUUGCAGAGUCUUAAUAUGAGGUGUACGUGUGAUUUUGAGUUGAAAGUAUGGAAACACCUGAGCGGACAGUUGAAAUUAGCUCAUGUGCUUCUUUUUUGUGAGGAAUAUAUCGAACCGUUCCUCGAGCUCACGUUUCCACUCCUAGAGGAUUUGUCCUUAAGAUUUGGCAGUAUUGAAGAGUUAGUUUCAGGAAGAAGUCAUGAAUUUUUCAAAAGACACCCUCUUCUUCGGGAACUCUCCAUCAGAGAUCUUAUUCCACUACAAUGCUUUGAAUCUAUUACUCGCCACUGUCCUGAGCUAACUUAUCUACACCUUCUUGUGAAAGAUCCGGAAGAAGAUUUUUUAGAGUCACUCGCACAGCUAACUAAGCUGAAGCACCUGUCAUUGGAAGGAAAAGUGGCAAGAAAAAAGUUUCAUGGAGGUCCCAAGUCUCUCGAACUCGUUGAAUUAGAUUUGAAGAAUCCUGAAUUGCUGCUCGAGAGCCUUUUUGCGCCACAGCUGAAAUAUCUAAAAAUCAAUAACGCCCAUCUCGUUCAUUUAAUGUUUAUCUGCGACAACUUUUCGUAUCUCCAACACUUAGAAGUGAACGUGAAAGACGUGAUUGGAGCCGACGAUUCCGUACGAUUAAAUAACUUAACUCACUUGCUGGACCUUAAAUUAAGGGGGCCUACCAACAUUGAUUACAUUCAUCACGAAAACGUCCGGUGCUUGACAAUAUCGCGUGGUGAGGUAACCAGCAUACACUUUCAAAUGAUAACGCACACGUUCCCUGCGCUUCAGAGACUGAUCCUCGAGAAAUGCUCGGUGUCUCUGGCUUAUGGCGAAUUCCUAUAUAAAGUGAUGCCCCAUUGCAGAGUCGACUAUCGUAAGCGUCGCUUCUAUCCCAUUGAAAAUAGUUACCGCUAUAUCCAAUUAAACAAAAUGUGUAGUACACAGUGA